AUGGCUGACGAAGACUCACAUUACGGAAUUGCUCUACCAAAGCACUGGGCACCAAUGCCCGGCCAUCACUCUACCGUACAUAAAGUACAACUGCUCCCAGGCUCCCCUGAGUAUCAAGAUGUCGCACGUAAGUCUCAAGCCACAGCUGGUGCGUUUAAUAUUCAGAAGAUUGAACGCGUACAGAAUCCUCAUCUGUAUCAGUCUUACAUAUUACGAAAACAGCAAAUGGAUAAAGAUACGGGAGGAAAAAGUGAAAGACAGCUGUUUCAUGGGACUUAUGCUAAAAACAUCAACCAUAUCAACACACAAGGAUUCAACAGAAGCUUCUGUGGGGCACAUGGCACGGCCUAUGGACUUGGUGUUUAUUUCGCUAGAGAAGCUCGAUACUCUGUUAAUUACACUGGGCGUGUUGGCUAUGGAGGUCGCUACAUGUACCUUGCCAAAGUCCUCGUUGGGCAGUAUUGUGUUGGAAAUCCUUCAAUGAAGGUGCCUCCACCAAAAAAUUCAUCAAAACCUGAAAUUCUUUACAAUUCUGUGGUUGAUAACCAAUCAAGCCCCAGCAUCUUUGUUGUUUUCUCUGAUUACCAGAGUUACCCUGAAUACCUUAUAACCUUUUGA